ACUUCUUUUCGCUAUUGCUUCAAAUUCUCUAUAAUUUGUUGAAGAAUAACUCAUAAAGUUUGGCUUCCAUGGUGACUUGGUUCUUUGAAAAUAAUCAUUUUACAAAUGCAUGGAUACCUUUUGAUAGAAAAAAUCAAAAGAAACUGGAAUACGUCUAUCGGCAUCAUGAGGAAUUUAUAAAACACAUGAAAGACAAAGAAACAGAGGUAUCUGAGUCUCUACAACAACAAGAUACUACUAUUGCAAGUUGCAACGCAACGGCCACAUCUCCAACAACAGUUACUAGUAGUACUAACGCACAGACAGGCACUGCCAUCACCAAUAUACCAACAACUGAAAUAAACUUUGUUAAUAACCACAGAAAAGCACCAACCAUGCCUACCAUUCCAAAGCCAGUUACAAUAAAGGAUAUUGACUCGGACGAAGAAGACAGCUCUGUACAUUCCUCAAUCCAGUAUGGUCAUAACUGCUUAUACAUCAAACUCAUUGAUUCUCAUUUUGAACAGCCAAUUACAUUAUACCCAGCGUUGCUCUUGGGUUCUCUCCCUGAGAGAGAUUUUUUAAUCAUCAGAGCAGAAAUGACAGAUCAUAAACAAAGUCAAAAUGAACACUUUUUUUUCUUAGAUGAUGUCUAAAUUUUACAACCUAUCUUUCAUUCUUCUUAAGAUACAUUCAUACAUUGAUCAUAACAUAUUCAACAUAAACAAAUAUAUACAUUGUAUACAUAGCAAUAAAUGACCGAUAGCAUAUAGCAUAUUCCAUAUAUCUUUUGAUUUCCGAGAUCUCCUCCACAUCCUUUGGCCACAUACAUAUGGUUCUAAAUGACAUGCAUGAUACUAUUUUCAUCAUAUUAUUCAUAGAGACUGAGUUUCAUAAAAAAAAUCCGCAUGCCUUUCUAAGUAGAAGGUGUGUGGCUGUAAAUUUAGACAUAGCAAUCAUCCCCCAUAUGCCUCUCUAUUGGAUUAGAGGUCAUUUAUUUGUAUUGUAAAAAGCACUGCAAAUAAGCGUCAUUUUUCCCAUUUCAAAGAUCAUUUCGCUUAAGUCGAACGGCGUAUACUAUUAUUAAAUUUGGCCCAUCCUUCUUGUAGACAAGCUUAU